UUCUCAGGGGUUGUCAGCUCAUAGGGCCCUGAGUCCACUGGCUUUUCUACACUAGGUGCACUUGAGACAAGCUAGAAAAGAGCUCUGCACUGAGACCUGCCACUUUCUGCUGCUCCAACCAUCUUCUGAAAGGCUGAAGCCAAGGAGUUUCUACUGAACUGCAGGACUGGCAGGACAACUUUAGGGACAGAGGAGGAAAACCAAGCAUAACCACCUCUUUUUGUAAUUUUUUUCGUAUUUCACAGGAAAAAGCAAAGGAUUAAAAAUCUUCUUUUUCAUCGAUUCCCGCCUCCCCCUUCUAAAGUACACUAGAACUGUAGGAACAUGGCAGAGAAGAGGCAGGUGUCUCUAACACAGGCUUUCACCCUGGUGUUGGUUCUUCUCACCUCAGUUGCUUCAGCAGAGGAGUACGACUACUACAGCUGGCAAUCGGACAAUUUCCAAAACGGCCGGUUUUAUACCAAGCAACCGCAGUGUGUGGAUAUCCCAGCUGACCUCCGGCUCUGCUAUAAUGUGGGCUACAAAAAGAUGAGGCUACCAAACCUGUUGGACCACGAGACCAUGCCCGAGGUCAAGCAGCAGGCUGGCAGCUGGGUGCCCCUCUUAGCAAAGCGAUGCCAUGCCGACACACAGGUGUUCCUGUGUUCCCUGUUUGCUCCGGUCUGCCUGGACCGGCCCAUCUACCCCUGUCGCUCUCUGUGUGAGGCCGUGCGGGACAGCUGCGCCCCAGUUAUGGAGACCUACGGCUUCCCCUGGCCAGAGAUGCUGCAAUGCGAGAAGUUCCCCAUUGACAAUGACCUGUGUAUUGCCAUGCAAUUUUCAGAGGGGCACGCCACUCAAACUCCAGUUUCAAAAGUGUGUCCACCUUGUGAUAACGAGCUGAAAGCCGACGCCAUAAUGGAGCACUACUGCGCCAGUGACUUUGCCCUCAAAAUGAAGAUUAAAGAGGUGAAAAAGGAAAAAGGUGACCGCAAGCUCAUCGCAGCACAAAAGAAGAAGAAGGUUCUGAAGAUGGGAGUUCUGAGGAAGAAAGACUUAAAGAAGCUCACGCUAUAUAUCAAGAACGGAGCCAACUGUCCCUGCUCGCAGCUGGACAACCUCGGGAGCAACUUUCUCAUUAUGGGACGCAAAGUGGACCAACAGUUACUGCUCAUGUCCAUCCACAAGUGGGACAAGAAGAGCAAGGAGCUCAAGUUUGCCAUCAGAUACAUGAAGUCUCAUCAGUGUCCCACCUAUCACACUGUCUUCCAGUGAUCAGUAACACUUUUCUCAAUAGUGGACCCUGCAUCUACCCAUAACUGUUUCCACAGACUGCAUCCAUUCCUAAUUCCAACCAUUAGUACACACAUAUUUUAUCACUCAAUAAGUGGCUUUUGGAAACUGCUUAGGACUUAAUUCAUCAGCAAGUACAGCAAGAGCUACAUUUUGUUGGCAACUACCCGCAUAAAAUGAAUACUUUAUGAUGAAAUCAGCACACUUUUAGUGAACUUUUCUUGAUUCCUACAGACUAUUAAGAGAGACAUUUAUCAAGGUAAAACGACCCCUUCAAUCAAUGUGGAAAAAAAAUCAAUGCCAAAGCAAACAAGAGCACAAGUUAAUGAGCAAAUGUUUGAUUUCAGUGGCCAAAUUCCACUUAAACAGAUGAAACAAAAACACACAUAGUGCCAACUGGUUUUUAUUUGUAUCUUUUAUUUUGUAGAUAAGGAAUAAAAAGUUUUUAUUAUAUACAAUGAAGAUACAAGUGUGUUCAUUACCAUGAGCCUAGAAUGUGACACAUUGUAGGUUGAAUCUUGGGAGGUAAGAACAUUGAUGGUUUGAAAAUGUUCUUGACUCUUGGUCAGGACAGCGGCACAAAUAUAUCAACUGCAGCUCUGCGAGCAAGUCUGGGCCAUUUCUCUGCUUUAGGAGAGCGUGUCAUACCAGCAAAGCUUAUAAUAGACUCUGGACUCACACAGGCAAGUUUGGUUGGUGAGGUUUUUAGUCCUUCUCAUGCCUUUUAAACAGCAUGCAUCAUUAUAUUUUACUAAAUUUAUUAUCUAUUGCUUCAAAUAUUCAUACAUGAUAUGGAAAAAGCCAACAUUGCAUCUGAGUUCACUGUAAUAAAAUCUAAAAUCUAAAUGUGCUACGCAUGCUUAAUCAGAGAUUGGGAACAGUUUUAAAGGUAUGAUCUAAUUGUUGCUGGUCACAUUUUGUAAUCCUGAUUAGAUUUACACAAUUUCUUCAGACAUUAAAGGAAUAUUUCAUGCAAAAAUCGAAAUUAUGUCAUGUACCCAUUAUCAUGUUGUUCCAAAACCCACUUGAGUUUCUUCCAUGAAACAUCAAAGGAGAAUUUAGGCUGAAUUUUCAUGUUGCUCUUUUCCAUACAAUAAAAGUGAAUGCAGACUUUAGCUGUUAAGCUUUAAAACUGAAAUCAAAGUACCACAAAAGUAGUCUGACCAACUUGUACACUAUGUGCCAAGUUUUUUGAAGCCAUAUGAUGAGCUUUGUGUGAGAAACAGACCCAAAUUUAAGUUGUUAUUUAUUGAAAAUCUUUCCCUUAAUCACAGCUUUCAAAUCUCACUAGCUUUAAAAUUGUUGCGUCAUGCUUGGUUCUAAAAACCAAUGGUCUUUUCGUGCCAUGUUUAAAUAUAUAUAAAAAAAUGUUGGUCUGUUCCUCAAGCUAUGCUAUUGGAUGUCAUAUGGACAACUUUUAUGAUACAGCUAUGGUGUUCUUUUGUUAUUUUUGGAGCCUAAAGGGAUAGUUCACCCAAAAAAUGAAAAUUCUCUCAUCAUUUACUCUGGUGAUGGGGGCAUGGCUGUAAGAGCGUGGAGAGCGAGGCAGAGAGAGUGAGUGUGGUAAGGGUUGGCACUUGUGGGAAAUCACCUCUAACAGCUGUUUUGUGUUUGCACUGAGAGCGGAGAGUGAUUUAAAGGGAGAUCCAGACCGCCGGAGGGAAGAGAGAGCCGAGCCUGCACGUGUGUGUGUGUGUGUGUGUGUGUGUGUGUGUGUGUGUGUGUGUGUAUGUGUCAUUGCAGCUAACAUUUGAGUUUGAAGCUUUUGAGUGAGAGAAAAUAAAAAUACCUUUUGAGUUUGAUUUGUCGUCUCACGCUUCCUCCUUGAGAGAGUUAAGAACUUUUGCCACAGUGGUGCCGAAACCCAGGAAGGAGGAAGGAUACGCUGCCAUGACGUCCUUGCCGCUGGAAGAAGUCUUCAAGUCCCUCACCAGCAUCCACCAAGCAAAAUAUCAGGCCCUCAUGGAGCUGCGCAUGGAGCAGGAGAAGCGCUUCAAGGUGCUCCUCCAGGCCCAAGCAGAGGACUGGCGGGUGUUGCGGAGCUUGAUACCCCAGGAGGGGGCUUCAGCCAUAACCCCAACAGCAGCAGGACCCCAUGUGACGCAAGUGAAUAUCUUGGAGCUCUUCGAGCACACAGCAAGAGCCCUGAAGUGGCCACGCUCACAGUGGGUGGUCCAUCUGCUAUCAUUGCUGUCUGGGGAAGCCCAACUCGUGGCACAACAACUUCAGGUGGCCAACUUCCUGGGGUAUACCAAUUUGAAGAAAGCCAUCCUGCAACGGGUCAGCCGCAGCCCGGAACAGCAUUGCCAGCGGUUCCCCACUCUGGCGCUGAGCGAGGUCAGCCACCCUUCUGCCUUCCCACAACAGCUCUGCGACGCCAGCCGGUGGUGGUUGCUGGCUGAGGAGGAGGGCGACGCUGCCGACGUCAUCAACAUCGUGGCACUGGAGCAGUUCAUCUCCCGGCUGCAGAAGGGGACGGCAAAGUGGGUCAAAUGCCACCAUCCGGUGUUGCUGGAGGAGGCAAUCCAGUUGGCUGAGGACCAUAUAGCAGUGUAUCCAGGGGACGGCGAGUCAUUUUCUCUCAUUUUUCAUUUCAUUUCUCUCUCUCUCUCUCUCUCUCUCUCUCCCUCUUUCUCCCUUCACUCACACUCCCCCUUCCCUGUAUCAUGUUCCCCGGAAACGGGGAAUGCCUUCCCCAAAACUGGUCCCAUGGGCCAUUCAUCCUGCUAGCUUCCCCUAACCCUCUCCACUCUCCCCCACAGGCUGGUGAAUCUGCUGCUGCGCAUGUGGGUGUGAAGUCUGGGCCGGUCUGUUGGAACUGCGAGGGUCCUGGGCAUUUCCAGGAUCGAUGCACCAUGAUAAAGGUGGAAACAUUGGUCUGGGUCCCUGACGCCUGAAUCGGGUGGUGGGAAUAUGUGACGAGGAGGAGGGCGUGGCCGGGCCGAGGGGAUGCAUGUCGGCGCUGAGUUGCCCAAUCAGUGGGAGAGAGAUAAAGGAGGAGCCGGGGAUGCCAGAGAGAGAGAGAGAGAGAGACGGAGCUGUGUGUGUGUGUCAACGUCUGUUGUUAUGUUUCAGUUCAGCAUUUGUGUUGAUUAAAGUCUUGUUAAUUGUUAA